AGUCCAGGAUGAACUCCUACCUAGACUACCCAGUGUGCAACCGGGGAGCAAAUAUUUUCAGUGCCAAGGCCGGAUACCACAAUUUGAACCAUGGAUACGUGUCGUCCAACUCGUGCGCAACAAGUGAUAGUUACGCACCGGACGGGCGCUUAGUUGCCGCAACUCCUGCGCCACACCAGACCCCGAGUCUCCCUCUGCACCACCAGACACACGUCAACCUGGAUCUACAGUUUGCGACACCGGGGAACUCCAUGUACGGGUCACCGCUGGAGUACGGACAUCACCAGUACGGCCUAGCGCCCGAGCAGGACCGGAGCUUCAUUCACGCGCAGGUUUCACCCGUCGGAUCAAACAUGGCUCCCUACACCGGGGACAGCUGCGGGCCUGGAGCUGCAACAGGCAGCCAGUAUCUACAUUUUGGAAACGGGGAUCAGAGGCAGCAAGAAUAUCCAGAGAGUGUUUACACGAGGUUACCGCUCCAAAGUAAGGAGAAGGAUUUGAACCAUGUGGAGGAAACUUCCAAAACAUUCGACUGGAUGAAAGUGAAGAGGAACCCACCUAAAACAGCUGUCCUGUCGGAGUUCGGGAUUCCCGGCCAGCACAACGUGAUCCGCACCAACUUCACCACCAAGCAGCUCACCGAGCUGGAGAAAGAGUUCCACUUCAACAAGUACCUGACGCGGGCGAGGAGGGUGGAGGUCGCCGCCAGUCUGGAGCUCAACGAGACGCAGGUGAAGAUCUGGUUUCAGAACCGCAGGAUGAAGCAGAAGAAACGCGAGAAGUCGACCUGCGUUUUGGUCAAAGCUGCGGCACCUGUGGAGAAACUCGCCGACCCCGACAGCUCUCCAAAGGGAAAAGGGAAAGACUGUGAACCAUGAUGUGACUUUUGAUUAAAAACAAACAAACAAUAAGACUGUGGGCCUGAGCAGUUCUCCACUUCUCUCCUUCAGCUGCACACUUCCAGAAAAAAACUGUUCAAAAUGCACGUGGACUUUGUGAAGUAAACAGGGUAUGUUUGUGUCUGUUAUGCACUCAUAAUCAUUAAUGCUGUUCUAGUGUUUGUAACCUUCUUGUCAUGAGCCCAUGCUAUACGUGUUUUGUGUUGGAGCACUGAGGUACUCAGUGUCACUGUUUGCACUAUUUAUUUACAGGGUAUUU